UUUGUUUGGUUUUAAUUUCUCUAUUUGUCCGAGAACCAUAUCACUAGUUACCGCAAUUGUGCAUACUUUCGUGAGUUAAAUACUGAUCCCAGGCCCUACAACAGUCAGCAAGAUGACGGCACGUAUUACAUGCUAUGUUCAGAAUUUACUGGCACUAAGCGUAUUCACGCUGCCGUGCUGGUGGCAGGUGAUGGGAUGGUCAGCACUCUAUUUUAUAUACAUAAAUAAAAAAUAUUUUUCAUAGUUUCUAACGGACUUUUAUCUACCCACAGCAAUUCUGGCUUCUAGAGGGUUUGCAGCUCUGGCGCUGGCUUACUUUGACUAUGAUGACUUGCCGAAAACUCUGGAAAAUCUAGAGCUGGAUUACUUCGAAGAAGCAAUGGAAUUUCUGUUGGCUCAGGAUGAGGUCAUACCUGACCGAUGUGCCGUUCUCAGCAGUAGUAAAGGUUCUGACACAGCCCUCGCUAUGGGAAUUCACCUGGAUAAGGUAAAAGCAGUCAUCACAAUCGGUGGUCUGCUAAUUGCUAGUAUGACCACACUUACCUACAAAGGCCAGCAGAUAUGGAAAGGUGUAGACACAAAUAACCCUGACAUAAUGGUUGGUGAAAAUAUUGAUCAGACACGACUGAAGAAGAUGAUGCAGGAAAUAUUCCGACAUGACCACCCGCUGAUACCACAAUGUGAGAAAGCUUCAAAUGACACAUUUUUCUUCCUAGUGGCUGGUGAUGAUGAUAAAUUAUGCACCAGAUAUGCCGCUGAGGCUGUCGCUCAACGGAUGAAGAUACAUGGAAGAGAAAACAAUUGCCGCACAAUAAUUUAUCCUAAGGUUGGACACAUUUUGGAAAUGCCAUACAAUGCCCAUGGACCAUAUAGCUACAUAAAAGUACCCAUCUCUAGUAAGGGUACUAUGGAACUUAAGGACAUCGUAAUUAAGUGGGGUGGAGAUCCUGCAGGAACCUGCCUGGCGCAGGAAGACUUCUGGUGCCAGCUGCGAGUCUUCAUCGACCGUCACAUCCGAGACCUCAGCCACUGGUAUCAGAACUUUCUGCAGCAAAGCCAAAUCACUAAUCGUAGGGAACUGAAGAAGAGUCAUGACCAAACUAGCUUCACUAUGUGUUGAGCUUGAAAAGCUAUGGUAGAGACAGAAUAAUUACAGUGAUUAGUUGGUUAUUUUAGGUUGUAUAUAUUAAAUUCGUUGGUGUCCUACGGCAGUUGGAAAUGAGAAGAAAUCAGAUGCAACUCAAGGAAAAGGAGAGUAAAACUCCAAGUUUUAGAUUGUAACAAAAUUUGUAACUUGAAGCAGUCAAACUCAUUAACAAAUAUUUAAUUAAUAUUAAUACAAA